AUGGCGGCGGAGAGCCUGUUCAACCGGCCGCUGUGCGUGCAAGUGCGGGGCCAGGGCUGUGAGGAGAGGAGAUUAAAUGUUCGAGUGAAUAUUGAGCUACUAUCAAUUUCUAAUCCUGUUCAUAAAAAGGAUUUAGCUGUCCGAUUGACUGAUGAUUCUGAUCCUUUUUUCCUUUAUAAUCUUGUCAUAUCUGAGGAAGAUUUUCAGAGCUUGAAAUCCCAGCAGGGUCUCUUGGUAGACUUUUCUUCUUUCCCGCAAAAAUUUAUAGAUCUGCUUCAUCAGUGUAUUCAGGAACAGAACAAAGAUAUCCCAAGGUUUUUGCUGCAGUUAGUUUCUUCAGCAUCUCUUUUGGACCACACGCCUGUCUUUUUAAAUGUGGUGGAAACAAACCCUUUCAAACACCUUACACAUCUCUCUCUAAAAUUCCUACCAGGAAAUGAUGCAGAAAUAAAGAAGUUUUUAGCCAGCUGUUUGAAAAGCCUUAAGGAAGACAAAGAGAUGCUGGAACAAAAGCUUAGAAAAACUGAAGAGGAUUUUACCAGGCAGUUGAGCUACACUCAGCAGAGCCUGUCAGAAAAGAGCCAAGAACUGGACAAACUGAAAAAUGAAUGGACCACAUAUACCACAACACUAACAAACAAACACGCCCAAGAACUAACGAAUGAAAAGGAAAGAGCUCUCCAGGUACAAACUCAGUACCAGCAACAGCAUGAACAACAGAAAAAGGAACUAGAAAGUUUGCAUCAGAAGAGUAUUCAGCAGUUACAGAGCCGACUCUCAGAACUGGAGAUCAUCAAUAAAGAUCUAACAGAAAGGAGAUACAAGGGAGACUCCACAGUUAGAGAACUAAAAGCAAAGCUCUCUGGAAUAGAUGAUGAAUGCCAGAGGGCAAAGCAGGAGGUGCUGUCACUGCGUCGGGAGAACACUACUCUGGAUGCCGAGUGUCAUGAAAAAGAGAAGCUCAUUAAUCAGUUACAAACACGGGUUGCUGUUCUGGAACAAGAGAUCAAAGAUAAGGAUCAGCUGGUUGUUAGAACAAAAGAAGUACUGGAUGCAACGCAAGAACAAAAGGUGAUAUUGGAAGAGGGUACCGAAAAGAAACAAAAUCAUAUUGAAAAACUUGAGGCAACAAUUAAGUCACUGUCAGCUGAACUUCUCAAGGCUAAUGAAAUUAUCAAGAAAUUACAAGGAGAUUUGAAAACUCUAAUGAGUAAACUGAAAUUGAAAAAUACAGUAACAAUUCAGCAAGAAAAGUUGUUGGCAGAAAAAGAAGAGAAACUUCAAAAGCAGCAGAGAGAAUUGCAGGAAACUGGACAAUCUCUUCAAAUGAAAGAGCAGGAGGUUUGCAAGCUACAAGAACAGCUAGAAACUGCAAUACAAAAACUGGAGGAAAGCAAACAGUUAUUGAAAACUAAUGAAAAUGUAAUCACAUGGCUAAACAAACAGCUGAAUGAAAUUCAGAUGGCAAAGAAGUUAGAGACUUCUAGCAGUCCCCUUGGUGGUGCUAGGACUGGCAUUUCUCCUCAAGGCAUGCUUGACCGACCAGCCUUUCAGAGCUCAGGUCUCAACCCCCUUUCUCCGCUGUAUGCGCUCCAGAACUUUCCUGAAGCAGCUUGCAGGAAAACUGCCAAUCCACAGUGCCCAGGAGCAAAGGUGCAGUUUAACAUGCAGUUUUCUAAAAUGAAUCGCUGUGCAGAUGGGCAGGCGGUGACUGCUGCCUCAGGUGCCCCAGCAAAUAAAGAGAAUGGUGAUAGUUUUGGGCUGGAACCAAAGUAUUUCAAGAAAAAAGAAGACAGCAUUCCUUUACGAGGGCUUAGUCAAAACGCGCUUAACUCAGAGUAUUUGAAAGCCUACUUACCAACAAAGGCACAACCCUCAGCAAAACCUGCAGUAACAACAGCCUCUGCGUAUUUUCCUGGAUCGUAGACAGUGAUUUUAAAGUAAGAGGUCUCUUAAUCCAC